AUGAUCGUUGCAAGUUUACUAGUAUUAAUAGGAAUUUGUCUCCAUUUUUCGUGGUUAUUACUUCCUUGGUUAAUAAUAAUGCCUUUGGAUAUAAUACGUGGAUUAGUCUCUACAAUACUAAUUUUAAUUUUAAAUCAUGGACAGUUGGCUAGAAUUGCUACAGGAAUUUUCUUUUUGGGACUUCAAUUUCUUCAUGUUUUUCUUUUUUUAAAAAUUUAA